AAAUCUCAAUAUAAAAUAAAAAUUAUAGUUUAGAAGAUUGAUUAAUAACUAAGAUCAUUGAAUACCUACUUAAAAAAACUUAUUAAAAUAUAUUACGGAAUAUUAAUCACCUUCUUAGACAGUUUUAUAGAAAAUGGCACGAGUGUUCUUAUUAAUUGAGGCACUCGAGGCCGAAGUUAGAAGACAAGAAGCUCAUGAUGUGGCUCAGUUACGGCGAAGUCUUCGUAACCAAGCAAGGACUUUGAGCAUGACAGAUGUUGAGUUCAAGGCACACUACAGAAUAUCCGAAGAUUCAUUUAAAGAGUUGUGUUGUGAACUAGCUCCACUAAUGCCUAGAUCAAAGAGGCAAACAAAGGUUUCUGUAGAGUGUAAGGUCUUAACAGCUCUGUCUUUCUAUGCAACGGGUUCAUACCAAAAGCCAGUAGGAAUGAGCUUUUUGCAUGGUUUAAGCCAGCCUAGUGUGUCAAAUGCUGUGAGAGAAGUGACAACAGCACUAAAUAAUAUUAAUAUACUGAACAAGUAUAUUAAAUUUCCACAAACACAGCAAGAAAGAAAUAUCAUCAUUAACAAAUUUUAUAAUAAAUUUGGAAUUCCUGGUGUCCUGGGCUGUGUUGAUGGUACACAUGUGGCAUUAGUGAAGCCUUCAGAGCAUGAAGAAUGUUUUUUUAAUAGACUAUCAUUCUAGAAAAUAGACUAUCAUUCUAUAAAACACUAUCAUUCUAGAAAUGUUCAAAUAAUAUGUGACAGUGAUCUUAAUAUAUUAAAUGUGGGUGCUACUUUUGGCGGAGCUACUCAUGAUGCAUAUAUUUGGCGCAAUUCGGAAAUAAAUAAUCAUUUGCAGCAGCUUCAUAAUAAUGGUGAAAGCAUUUGGUUAUUAGGCGACUCUGGAUAUCCACUGCGGCCGUGGCUUCUGACUCCUAUUGUUAACGCUGUUCCUGGGACUGCAGAAGAGCAUUACACGAAUGUCCACUGCAGUGCUAGGAAUACUGUUGAACGUUGCAUAGGAGUUUUGAAAACUCGUUGGCGAUGUUUGUUGGCACAUAGAGUACUGCAUUAUGACCAUCACACUGUGGCAAAAAUCAUAAAUGCAUGCUGUGUUUUACACAACAUUGCUUACCAACAAGGAACGGAAGUCAUAGAGCUAUCAGAUGAAUAUACUAGACUUGAUUCUGACCGCCAAAUAUCUGACACCAUCAGCAUUGAUGAUGAAACACAUCAAUUAGAACGUGGUCGUUUACAACGAUCACUUAUUAUGCAGCGUCUCUGGAGGGAGAGGAGACCAUAGCCUUUAUUUAGUGUUGUACAAACUUUAUCUAGUAUGUAAACCUAAGAAUAUUUAUAUUUAUAAAGCAGAAACCAAUGAUGAUAUGAUUGUUAAUAUUUGUAUGUGGUUAAUAAAUAUACUGAAAUAAAGGCACUAACUCACCACCUGUAAUGUAACGUUACAAAGUCGAGCAUUACGUAGGCAAUCUAGGAAAAACUGUCAUCACAAUAUCGAACCUGUAAUGUUAGAUUACAGAUUGUGAGGAAGCACUUUAUUCAAAAAGAAUUUACUUGAACUAUCUGUAGGUACUUACUAAUAAUUGUGUAAAGAUAAAAAUAUUAUACAUAGCAAAAGUAGUUUAUGAUAAUAAGUAGUUAAUUUAAUAGUGUUCACUGAUGAUAUUUUAAAUUGAGUUUAGUUUAGGCAUAGGCAAAUAAUUGUUUAAAUUUUUUCUGGUUAUUAUUGUAUCGUUAUUAUUUGGUUACUUAAUUUUAGAUUAUUAGAAGAAUGCUUAGUUUAGAUUAUAAAUAUAAUGAUUAUCUUGUGUACUGAACCUUUCUAUUUUUGUGGAGUGAUUGUGUGAUGCAAUAAACAUGUCUAUAUAUGAGUCAAUGUGUACUGAAACUGUAGGUAUGUACCUUCUACCUUCAUAUUUCACUUGUGUAAAUUAAUUCAAUUUUUGUAUCAGAUAUUUCAAAUAUUAAUAACUAUAUUAGUAAAAACAAAUGAAAUAUUUUCAAAUAAAACAAUAAUUUUAAAAAUGUGAAUGAGAAAAAUGUGUCUCAAUAAUCUAUGAAUAAUAAUUAAUCAGAUUUUGAAUACUUAAUGUCAAAAAUAAUGAAUUUGGAAUUAAAAUAAUGAUAACACAAACGUGAAA